CAUUUCUUUGCGACACGUGGACGAAAUGACACGGUGUCACUCUUAGCUCUCUCUUCUCAUAGUCAAGUUCAGUUAAUCGACAUGUAUAAUUAUCAACGCAUAGAGACGCAAAUUCAUAAUUAUUGCUGGCAACGAAAAUGGACUUUCCUGAUUGCGUUGGUUUGUAUCAUUUUCAUCAUAUUUCUCAUAUGGCAUUCAACUGAUAAGACAGUGAAAUAUGACACAUACCUGGACGAUGUACCUGAAAAUCUUUAUCAAGAAGUGAUGAACAAAUGGUACAACUUCUCGGGCGGUGAGAAAUGGUAUAACAAGAAAAAUAUAUUCGCAUUGAGCCCGGAGGCCUUUCAAAAUCUAUUGACGGACGUUCGACAGAAUUGGAUAAUAUGGAAUCAUAAUGAGAACGAGUCGUAUGAUCUUCAAGAACCAAAUGUCGAAGAUCCAUCGAUGGGGCAAUCGACGGUGAUACGUGAAAUUCUCAAUGAGAUGAAAAAUGGAUUUUUCAUAGAGUGCGGUGCGUAUGACGGGGAAACGCGUAGCAAUACGUUGUUUUUGGAGCGAUUUAACGGAUGGUCGGGUCUGUUGAUAGAAGCUGAUCCUAUCAAUUUUACAAAAAUGUUGCAAAAAAAUAGAAGGGCCUACCUAUCGCCGACAUGUCUUAGCGUCAUCAACAGCCCUAGCGUGGAGUUCUUUCUUAUGGCGAAAAACGUGGGACGUUUACACGAGCCUGAAAAUACGACGCAGGAUGCGCCUACAAAUUCGCCCGACGUGGCUUACACGGGCAAGCAUAUUCGCGUGCAGUGCUUCCCAUUGUCAGUUUACAUCGCCGCGUUGGGAGUCAAGACGGUCGAUUAUUUCAGUCUCGACGUCGAAGGUAACGAGAUCGACGUACUAGAGACAAUUCCGUUCAACGAGGUGGACAUAAAGGUUCUCUCCGUGGAAUAUAUACACAAUGCGAAAAAAGAUAUAAAGGAUAUAAAGCAGUAUAUGAUCGAUAUGAUGAAACAACGGGGAUACUAUGUUUACAAGUUCGUUGAGCGAUCGGAUAACUUGGCGAAUGAUAUUAUUUUUGUGAAGCGCGACGUAUGACGAACAAGCGCAAAUAGAAAAAAAUGAGAUGCAGCUGAUGUUAAAAUGCGAAAAUUCCAUAAAAGUUCUAUAUGAGCAUUUUUAUGGCAAUUGCACAGAAG